AUGAAGGCUCAGGAUCUGAAUCAAAUAGCAAUUCGCGCCCAAAAGCAACUCCUCACAAACCCUAACCCCCAAUUGUUGAACCCUUUACUAUCACUUCUCAGAAAUUCGAAAAAUGCAUUCUUUCAUCUCUACAACCAAAUGCUCUCACACCCUUUCUCCCACAACCACUACACCUUCACCCACGCCAUCAAGGCCUGCUCCUCCCACCACGCGCACUCCAAGGCGCUCGAAAUCCACGCGCGGCUCAUCAAAUCCGGUCACCAUGUCGACAUCUUCAUCCAGAACUCGCUCCUCCACUCCUACCUCGCCCGCAACGACGUCGUCUCCGCCUCAAACCUCUUCCGAUCGAUUCCCUCCCCCGAUGUCGUUUCAUGGACCUCACUGAUAUCGGGCCUCGCCAAAUCGGGCUUCGAGGCCCAAGCCCUUCAACAUUUUUCCGCAAUGAGCUCGGAGCCCAGAAUUGUCGAACCCAAUGCAGCCACCCUUGUCGGCGCGUUGUGCGCGUGUUCGUCGCUCAGGACUCUGAGGCUCGGCAAGUCCGUUCACGCUUACGGCGUGAGGAUGAUUGCCAACACUAAUAUUGUUUUUGACAACGCGGUGUUGGACUUGUACGCAAAGAGCGGGUCGUUGAAAUAUGCGAAGAACCUGUUCGAUAAAAUGUCUGUGAGGGACGUGAUUUCUUGGACCACUUUGUUGAUGGGUUACGCGCGUGGUGGUCACUGCGAGGAGGCUUUUGGUGUGUUCAAACGAAUGGUGCAUAGUGCAGAAGCUGAACCUAACGAGGCAACUGUAGUAACUGUUUUAUCAGCAUGUGCCUCUAUCGGAGCAUUGAGUUUGGGGGAGUGGGUGCAUUCGUAUAUUGACUCACGACACGACCUUGUGGUUGAUGGAAAUAUUGGGAAUGCUUUGCUCAACAUGUAUGUGAAAUGUGGAGACAUGCAAGUGGGGUUUAGGGUUUUUGACAUGAUUGAGCACAAGGAUGUUAUCUCGUGGGGCACUGUUAUCUCCGGGCUUGCCAUGAAUGGUUAUGGGAAAAGAACAUUGGAGGUAUUUUCACGCAUGUUGGUUGAAGGGGUUGAGCCUGAUGAUGUUACUUUUAUUGGGGUGUUAUCUGCAUGCAGCCAUGCGGGGUUGGUGGAUGAAGGGGUUAUGUUUUUCAAAGCAAUGAAGGAUUUUUAUGGCAUUGUGCCACAGAUGAGGCAUUAUGGUUGUGUUGUGGAUAUGUAUGGACGUGCUGGUUUGUUUGAGGAAGCUGAGGCUUUCCUUAAAAGCAUGCCUGUGGAAGCUGAAUGGUCUAUUUGGGGAGCUCUUCUUCGAGCUUGCAAAAUCCAUGGUAAUGAAAAGAUGUCUGAAUGGAUAAAGGGACAACUCAGGGGGAAAAGUGUUGGUGUUGGUACCCUUGCUUUGUUGUCUAACAUGUAUGCCAGUUCUGAACGAUGGGAUGAUGCUAAUAAGAUUCGGAAGAGUAUAAGAGGCACUGGAGUGAAGAAAGUUGCUGGAUGUAGCUGGGUAGAGCUUGAGGUUUACAAUAACAGAUCGGAUUCAAAUGUGUGUGCUGCCUAACAAGGAGGAUAUUAUCAAUGAAGCUUUGACAUGGAGAAUGGUACUACCAACAAUGAUAUAACCUCAUGAGGUUGAAUAUGAGUGCAGAUCUUAGCAUUACUCUGUUCAUAUGUAGAGUCAAUAUGUGAUUCUUCUCAGAAUCGCAGCAGCGACCAGAUCCUACUACAAGAACAGACCGAGGCUGUACUAAAAAAUGAACCCCCUUGGAAAUCCCAACACCAGUGUGGUAGCAACAGGAUCCGAAGCACAGAACUUCAACGCAUCAUUCAUAACCUCCGCAAACGCAGUAGGUUCAUGCUCCUCUUAAACUACACGAACUAAGAUUAGAUGGAACAAUGCCAUCAUCACCAUAAUUUGUGCUCUUCAAAUAAGUUGUUUAAUUUCAAAAUUGUGAAUCCUUGUUGAUGGAAAUUUUCCUUAAAUACAAUACUUGUGAAUUUAAACAUUAGUUCCCAAAAGGUUACGGACUCUCAAUUUUGUUCUUAUGUGCAAAUGGUUCUUAAAUUGCUUCCUAUUAGUACAAACUUUACAAGUUUGAUCUCUGCUA